UUUUUUACCCUGAACAGUUUUAGACCAUGUUUUGAAACGUACAGUACUUGUUUUUCUUGUUUUGUUAUUCGUUAUUUUCGAAAGUAUGGCAUCCGUUUUUAUGUUUAUUGUGGGGUGGCACGAGCUAGCAUUGUUGCUUUAAUGAAGUGGAUGAAUCGUGGGGCGUUCCGUGAGUUGAAAGAGCAGGCGUGAUUUACCCUCUCCACCAUCGCUUCCCCGGUGACGUCACGAUACUGGGCCGCACUGGUGAAACUACAGGAAUGCGAGUCUCACUACUUCUCUUUCUCGGUCUGGAGCGCUCUGUUGUCGCGCAAAUGAAGCAAAAAUUACUCUUUUACAUUGCGGCGAAGGAACAUUACGACGUGAUCUGAACAGGAUUCAUCAUAUUGGCAGGAAUCACCUGGGAAAUACUUUUUAGUUUUUCUAAAAUCGAGUGUGGUGGAAUCGGUUCACUUUCAACACGAGGCUGCCCGGAAUGUUUUGCUAUCGCCGUUUGUUUUUAUCAGCGAUCUUGAAAUGAAACCAGGUGGAUCACGGAUUUGCGCAAGAAUCGAGGUCUGAUGCCCGGCCCUCGCCAUGUUCAGCAAAAAGAAGAAGCAGCGGAUCCAGAUCUCGGCGCCCUCCAACUUCGAGCACCGCGUCCACACCGACUUCGACGAGCAGGAGCAGAAGUUCGUGGGGCUGCCGCGGCAAUGGCAGAGCCUGAUCGAGGACACGGCCAAGCGGCCCAAGCCCUUCAUCGACGCCACGGUCAUCACGACCGUGGAGCCGCGCAAGACCAUCGUGCGGGGCAGUAAGAUCGGGGCGGACGGCUCUCUCUCCUGGCUGCUGGACGAGUUUGAGACCAUGUCGGUGACGCGCUCCAACUCGCUGCGGCGCGGGAGCCCCCCCGUCCAGCCCCGGCGCGACUCGGGCUCCUCCCUGGGGGUGCAGGAGAACGGCGAGCCCCCCCACCGACCGCACCCGCACCCCGAUCGCCAUAGAGACAGCCGGGAGAGAGAGCGACCCAGACAGGACGUCCCGGGCGUGGACCCCCGGCAGUCCCAGAGGCCUGCCCGCGCCCCCCGGGAGGACUACCGCCCUCAGCAGCAGCCCCGGGGCCAGGAGCCCAGCCGGCAGCGCGAGCGGGACCGCCCCGGGCCCCCGCCCCCAGCCCCGCCCCACAGAGACAGGGAGCCCCGCCCAGAGCAGGUGGUGAGGCGGGAGGGGGGCGGGGACAAGCGGCCCAAAUCCAGCUACACGGGCCGGGACGGCAGCCCCCAGUCCCCCCGGGACAAGAGACCCCUCUCCGGCCCCAACAUCCGCACCCCCAACCUCCCGGUGUCCGAGGGGGUGAUGAAGACGGCGCAGCAGACGGGACGGCCCUUCAACACGUACCCCCGAGCCGAAAGCGACUCCGGCAGGAGCCCCACCAGCCAGGAGCCGAAGCUCAGCAGACCCCGUGAAGCCCUCCCCCACAACGGCCCCUCCAGCGGGCCCAGCUGGGUGGGGGGCCCGGGGAGCAAGCCGGCCCCCGGGCAGCCCAGAGGAGACCCCCACCCGCACCACUCCUCGCACCCCCUCCUGGGCCCGGAGCCCCCGCACCCUCACCCCCAGCCGCACCCGCACCCCCCGCAGCCGCAGCAGCCGGCCCCGCCCCGGCUCCCGGCCCCCGCGGGGCCCCCCCAGGCCCGCUCGCCGCAGCGGGAGCCCCAGCGCGUGUCGCACGAGCAGUUCCGCGCCGCGCUGCAGAUGGUGGUGGACCCCGGCGACCCGCGCACCUACCUGGACCACUACAUCAAGAUCGGCGAGGGCUCCACCGGCAUCGUCUGCAUCGCCACCAUCAAGAGCACCGGCAAGCUGGUCGCCGUCAAGAAGAUGGACCUGCGCAAGCAGCAGCGCCGCGAGCUGCUCUUCAACGAGGUGGUCAUCAUGCGGGACUAUCACCAUGACAACGUGGUGGAGAUGUACAACAGCUACCUCGUGGGGGACGAGCUGUGGGUCGUCAUGGAGUUCCUGGAGGGUGGGGCUCUGACCGACAUUGUCACACACACCAGGAUGAACGAGGAGCAGAUUGCCACCGUCUGUCUGUCUGUCCUGAAAGCUCUGUCUGUACUGCACACCCAGGGGGUCAUCCACAGAGACAUUAAGAGCGACUCCAUUCUGCUCACCCAUGACGGCAGGAUAAAGCUGUCAGACUUCGGCUUCUGUGCCCAGGUGUCCAAAGAAGUCCAGCGGCGCAAGUCUCUGGUGGGGACGCCCUACUGGAUGGCCCCGGAGCUCAUCUCCAGACUGCCCUAUGGGCCCGAGGUGGACAUCUGGUCCCUGGGCGUCAUGGUCAUCGAGAUGGUGGACGGGGAGCCUCCGUACUUUAACGAGCCCCCCCUCAAAGCCAUGAAGAUGAUCCGCGACAACCUGCCGCCAAAACUCAAGAACCUCCAUAAGGUGUCUCCUCUUCUCAAGGGCUUCCUGGACCGAAUGCUGGUGCGAGACCCCGCCCAGAGAGCCACGGCCAAUGAGCUGCUGAAGCACCCCUUCCUGAGCAAGGCGGGCCCGCCCUCCUGCAUCGUGCCCCUCAUGAGGCAGAACCGCAUGAGAUGAGCGCUGUCAUCAACCCGCGCCGCACCCCCCACCCCACCCCGCUGAAACGGACCCGGAACAAACCGACAGCGCGGGGCACGCGCAAGCUCGAACCAGGGGCCAGGGGAGAGAGGCAGAGGGCCAGGCCUCCAUUUCUGGUCACACAUUUUAAAAUCCAGAAACAAACAAAAAAAAAAAAACAAUACGAAACCUAAGGUUGGCUGGACUUUCGCUAGCUUAGGAAGGCAGCACAAUGUGGAAUUUUGAAAACGCUCCACCAUGUAAGGGUUUGGCUUUCUUUUUUUGUAGUCAUUUUUUAAACUCACUACUCAUCUGCCUUGGAUAGAUAGAUGACCUUUGAACCCUGCUGCCGCAGAGGGAAGGAUUCAAGCCCACAAUCCCACACUUUCCGCUUCUGUCCCUCUAGCAGACGGCCUGGAAGAAAUGUGCGUCUGUCUACCUUGGGCACAGCCACACUACGCUGAUCUAAAACCCUGAGCUCCCCCCCCCCCCCACUUCCUGGGUGGAGUCACACUUUUAGAGUCACACUGAACCCUCUGCCUAGUGUUCACGUGUCCCAGCACUGAGCAUGAUCCCACCCUGGACCACAGUCCACAGUAUGGAUCCCUCAGAAUGUGGCAGUGUUCAGAUGCUGAGGAUGCAGAGGGCUGAGGGACAAACAUCCCAUCAGCCCUCUGGCAGGGAGGGUCUGUCCAUUUGCCAUGGAAACGAGGGGAGCAGCACCACUGCUGCUGCCCACGGCGGAUGCUACACUGCUCCUCGCCCACAGGGACCGCCCUCAUCUCGCAUCAACAGAAAAACAGCCACAAAUACUACUGAAGAAUGACCCCGCUUAAAACACUAAAUGAACUUUUUUUUAUUGGACUAAAACACUAGGUUCCUGUUGUGUACACUAAGCAAAGAUGAACACUGGAUUUUGUUUUGUUUUAGCUGAUUUCAUUUUAUAGAAGUAUAAAUAUAUGGAAAUUUAUCCUUUCGCGUUUUCUGCUUCAGAUGGUUGAAGCACUGAAAGACAGGUUGCACACCCGGGAAAUUGGAUGCAUUUUUGUUUUUGUGGCAAAAUGAAAUAUUUCCUACUUCACUUUUUUAACGUAGGGGUGGGGUGGAUUUCAACACUAAUUUUAAGCUUUUCCAUUGGUUGUUUUAUCAUUUUAGCGUGCAGUGCUAUUGCUUUCAAGCUUAAUCCAUUUCCACAAUGUUAUGGACCAAGACUGUUAUGGAGUAUUUGGACCGAGCUGUGUCAGUCUACUUCUCUCAUGAAUGUUCUAUAGGGCUGCUACAGAUUCUGUAGAUAACUGGUCUAAUCAUACACUAAGGUGGCCUGUCCUAUUUAGCAUUUUUGAGAGAGGACUAGGGCAAGGAAGCAGUGCACUAUGUGAAUGUACCGCUGAGCCACAGUGCAUCUGAAAGGGCUUAUGUGAACAGGAAGAGGAAACUCAUUGCGUAAUGUCAUGCUCAGCCGAAGUGCACAGUAGCCGCUGUGACCCCCACUUGUCCGGAUUUGGUCACGGCCGUGGUGGAGACGGCUGGCGCAGCGUCUAGGGGAGAGAGCAAACCCCCCCCCCCCCCCUGCGCUAAGGCCAAAGGGCGCCGUCGGCCACGUUUCAGAGCCUGCGUCAGCCAGGCUAACGCACAGAAAGCCGCACUGCAGGGUCCAAACCAGCACGUCCACGCGCAGGCCCAGAGCAACCAAAGACACACAGGCCUCUGGGGCGACCAGGAGAACAGGCAGCAUUGUGCACACGUGCAAGCGCGCACUAGGGUGGCUGAGGCCUGGUGACCUCACAGUAGAAGCACACUGCAUGUCCUUACAUACACAAGCACUACACUACACGGCAUGUCUGUGUAAAGCACCACUUAAAGAUUCCUGGACCAGCAGCUUGCUUCUCUAAAGAAUGCAGGUAUUGAGGGGUUAGAGAGGAGGGGUUUAGAGGUUUAUAAUUUAACUGUCCUGGCAGAACUCCUGUAGGAUGCCAUUCCAAAGAUUGAAGCAUUUGAACAUAUUUCCAAGCGUUUGUUAGCGUGUCCUUUAUGUACUUUUUGCCCAUAUGUUCAAAUAUUUUUUAAUGGAUCCAAAUAUUUUGGAAUAUUCCCAGUUCAUUCUUUGUGACCGCUCAUUUUGGCUAAAUUUGGUGAUGAGUCGACCUGAUUUUAUUGAAGACGAGCAGACUCGUUUGACAUUGGUGGGCAUGUGUCUUGGUUAAUCCCUCUCCUGGCCAUUGCCCUGUAAGAACUGCUGUUCACUGAAGUGCCAUUUUAUUUUCACACUAAUGGGAGAGUUGGGAGGGAGGGUGGGACUACAAGGAAAAAGCACCACUACAACCUUGGUAGAAAUGUCAGUUACUGAACUUUUUUUCCCCCUUAUUUUUGGUUGCUUCUUGGCACAGGAGUAUCUGCAUUUUUUUUACUGUUUAAAAAAAAAAAAAAAAAAAAGCCCAAACACAAAGCAGUUACACAUUCAGCUGUUUUUGGGAGUGGGGUCUCUGAGGAACGCUGCAGUGCCUCAGAAAGCGCUGCUCCUGAAGUAGCAGAGUGAGGGUGUGAGCGUGUGCAGCUGGGCCGUCGUGCCCAAACCUGAACAGAAAUGGCUCAGUUCCUCCUGUGACUUCACACACGGCCUUGCAUCACAGGUGCUCCCAGGUUCUCACCGUGCGUACCGUGCUGCUCUGUGUUGGUGAAACAGGAACUUGUGUCAACGGGCUGCUGGGAACUGAGUCAUCCAAGCGCGUCUGCCACAGCUUGCGGGUGUAAUUAAGAGAUUUUAACUUUUGAAACCUCGGCAUUUGCUCUUGCUUCACCCAUGAGGGAUUUUUUGGUGUGUUUUGAAGUGGGCGAGUGUGUGGGGCAUAUUCAGGGGAGCGUUUUUCCUUCGUAUUGGUGCGUGCAAGACUGCACGCGAGUGCGCGUUAGCCCUGUGUAGCGCCAAACCUGGGGUCCGCGUCUCCUCUGGUUACACAUUAUCCUUUGGCUCCGAUCCUUCAGCCCUCGUCAUUAACAUCCAGAGCGUGGCUCUGCAUGUACCGGCCGUUAGUGAAUCAUUGGUGCAGUGUUCAGAUGGGGCGCACGCUCUCCCUUUGAGCGGGGAGAGGUCCGUGCGCGGGUCGAGGUUUUUCAGCGCACACUCGCAAGCCGAUGUCACACCAGGAGACGGGCCAUUUUCCCCGCCGGGGUCUCCGCAGCUGGGCUCCUUCCAGGAACGGGCGGCCCCUGCAGGGCACCAGGGUUGUGUGCAGCAGGGUCGCCAGCUCAUUUCGCUGUGGCCGGUGUCUUGGGGAUACCUCAGCUAGCGACGAGUUCGCCUGCAGUAGGUUUGCUUUUCCAAGAUCUCUUCAGACUGCUCUCGCCAUGGUGAUCCAGCUGCAUUUGUCUGUAUGUGUGUGUGUGAUCAGCUGUGUUAAGCAGCUGGCGUUACUGACAGUGGGCUUACCGUGUUUAUCGCGAACACGAGGGGAAUCUCAUUCAAAGGUAGUCAUGCCUUUGCAGCCGACACUUUGAAAAUGGUGAAUGGUUACCAAUGUCUAGAGGGCUUUUUAAUAUCAGUGUCAAUAUGAGGGUGUUCAUGCCUUAAUUUCUGGAAUAUGAAAAUGUGAUUAAUAUAAUGAUGCCCUGGAAUUGCUGUUGAUUGCAUAUGUACAUAAGAUUUUAGCUGUAAUGAUCCUCUAUUGACAAUAUAUCUUCAGUUUUCUUUAGUGCCUGGAAGUAGAGGGACUCAUUUUUUUUUUAUUACAACUGGUUCAUGUUUUAAGAAUGCUGACAUUUCCCGCUUGGAACUGUGACAACUACUGACUCGCUUGCUUGGAACGUAUUUAUAUGUAAAUUAAUUCAUUCAGUUGUUUUGUGAGUUGAUGAGAUGUUUCACUGUUUGCUCAAUCAUUUAUGAAGCAGUAUUGUGAAUAUUGAGAGCACAGGGAGAGGUUGUGCUUUCUUUUACAGGCCCCCCCUCCUCAAUUUUAGAUUUCCAUUGUUAUAAAAAAAAAGACUUCACAGUGCAGAUUUUAGUUUUUUUUUCCUGUUUUGUUUUUUUUGUGUUUUUUGCAAAAUACAGUUUUUCUAAAAAUC